GGAUAACAAAAACCAACAGAAAAAAAACUCAUUCAACUUUCAACUUCAACGACUCUCACCGUCACCGUCAGACAUGGAGGUUUCCGGCACUGUUCUCCGUCAGUUAACCUACAUCUCCGGCGCUGGAACUAACCCCAACCGCCGUGGCGUGGUUCCACGGAGAGACGCUGUUAGAGUGAGAAUGUCGACGGGGUUUGAUUUCCGUGACGAGAGUCACUUGCAGUAUUACCAGGACUUGAAGAACAGAGGACCUGUUAAGACCAACGAGAAAAAGAUAAAAUUGCUCAAACGGUUCUCUGAAAACAUUUCAUCUUUCCCUCAAUUAGGGUUUGCUUCUGAUCCAAAUCAACCUAAUCUCUUCGAUCAUCUUCAACAAAACCUCAUCACGGAUGGUGGUGAGGAAUUACUGAAAGAAUUGGAGAAAAUUAGAGCAGAAAAGAAGGAAGAGAAGAAGGAAUUGAAGAAAAAAAUGAAACAAGAGAAGAAAAAGGCUAAACUUAAACCCACUAAGAUGAAAACUUGUGAUAAAUCGGAAUCUUCACCGUCAUCUUCGUCUUCUGAAUCGAGUGAUAGCGACUGUGAUAAAGUGGUUGACAUGAACACCUUCAGAGGUGUUGGCGUUGUUAAUGUUGCUGUUGAUGUUGCUUCAAAGCCGGUGGAUGAAUUGCAAUUGCAGACCAUUAUUGAUGUUGAAGCUUCCACCCCACAUCAUCAUGUCAUGGAUUUAUGCUCCACAAAUGAUGCUUCUCUUGUUGUUGGGUUUAGAAAAGAGACUAAUGUGGUUAUCCCUGCUGCUCAAAAGAGGAUUGAGGUCUGCAUGGGUAACAAAUGCAAGAAAUCAGGGGCUGCUGCAUUGUUGCAAGAGUUUGAGAAGGUGGUGGGUGUUGAAGGUGUUGGUUCUGUUGUUGGAUGCAAGUGUAUGGGGAAGUGUAAAAGUGGUCCUAAUGUGAGAAUUCAGAAUUCUGUGGAUCAUGGCAUGGUUCAAGGAGUUAAUGAUUCUGUUAAGGUUCCGAGUAACCCUCUCUGUAUUGGAGUUGGUUUGGAGGAUGUUGAUACUAUUGUGGCUAGAUUUUUAGGGGAGGAUCAUAAUGAUAUGAGUAUGGCUGCUUCAACAAUGUCUUAGUGAGUAAAAGCUGUAGAAAAGGAUAGCCGUGUGCUGAUUGUAUAUAACUUCAUUUUGAAUGAAAAUUAGUUAUCAUGCAUUCUGGUUUUUUGUUUCCUAUAUUUUCUUUACUCAUCUUGUACAACUUGCCCGUGGGUUUCUGACUUUAUGUACAGUGAAUGUGAAAUUAUAAAGUCAAUCUCUUUACUCUUA